AUGUCUCACUUCAACCCUGGAUCUGACUUCAAGAGCGCUCUGGACAGCAGUCCUGAGGCCAACACAGAGGAUGAAAAGACUGAGGAGGAUGUACCCAAGCCUGAUAACUACCUGUGGCUCACGAUCAUCUCGUGCUUCUGCCCUGCGUACCCCAUCAACAUUGUGGCUCUGGUCUUCUCCAUCAUGUCUCUAAACAGCUACAACGAUGGCGACGUGGAAGGAGCCAGGAGGCUCGGGCGGAACGCCAAGUGGGUGGCUGUCGCCUCCAUCGUCAUCGGCCUGCUCAUCAUCGGCAUCACCUGUGCGGUCCACUUCUCAAAGAAAGGCGACGAGCAAGCCGAGGUGGGGAAAGACUUCUCACUGCAUCACUCACCGCGGCACCGGCAGCGCCCAGGCUGCGAGCGCGCGGAGGUGCCCCCUGCCGGCCGUCAGCAGCUGAGUCCAGGUCUCGGCGCUCCACUGCGACUGCGCACCAAGGGCGCCUGGGAGCGUGGGGUCCAAGCCGGAAACGGAAGUUUAGCCUCGCGCGCUCAUCGGCCCGCCUCCCCCUCUGGCGGACUCGCCGCGGCGCCGGAAGCGGAAGUUGCUAGGGGCGGAGAGUUGUUGGAAAGUAUCGGCUUGUCUUCGCGCUCCCUGGGUUCGCGCCGCCCUCUGCCGGAGUCGGUAAAGCACGGACGUGAGAGGUCGCCAGUUCUGCGGAUCGAUCGAGCCUUAGCUGGCUUCCGGCUCCUCACCCGCUUCCCAGGGGUGUGGUAUUCCGAGGCUCUGAACCCCUUUCCCAGGAUCUGUGUGACCCUGUUGAGUCCUUUCCUUUCCCCGGAGUGA